AUGGAAAAAGACGGCAACGACGCCAUCGGCAAAGCCCACAACGUCGAAGACGCCACGCCUCCUGGCGACGGCGUACUUCUCUACCAGGAAGACGGCCAAGCCAUUAACUUGCCUGUCCCAUCCUCCGACCCCAAUGAUCCCCUCAACUUUGGAGUCUGGCGACAGCGUGUCGUCCUGGCGGCGGUGUGCAUCUAUGGCAUCACAGGCUUUGGUGUGAUACAGGUCACUCCGCUGGUCUUUGGGAAUCUCAUUGGUGAAUACAAGACGCAGACUCGCGGUACGUUCGACCCAGCUCGCAUCGUAGACCUUUCGAGCUAUCCAUCCCUUUGUAUGGGCUUGGGGAACUUCUUCUUUGUUCCCUUAUCCAUGGCGCUGGGCCGACGGCCUGCCUUCAUUCUCAGCAAUGUCAUUCUGGUAGCAUCUAUCAUCUGGGCCGCAAAGUCACAGUUUUUUAAGUCGCAUCUUGGCGCUCGAUGCCUACAAGGACUCACUGCAGGGGUAUCCGAUUGUCUUCUACCAAUCAUCGUCUUGGACAUGUCCUUUCUCUACAAGCGCAGUGCUCGCCUUGUGGCAUACUGGGCUAUAACCGCCAUUGGCUCGUCGCUGCUACUGGUACCCGUACCGUUCAUUGUUCAGCACGCCGGCAAUAACUGGAGGCUAGUCUAUUGGUUCUGGCUGGCCUUUGCCUUGUUAUCCUUGAUGGCUGUUGUGUUCUGUGUGCCCGAAACCCUCUUCUCCCGCCGUGCCGCUGAACAUGACGGAAGGAUUCAUGCCACCGAUGCAUAUGGAACUCACCGAGUCUUUGAUACGGCUGAGGCUGCUCGGAACGCUGGUUUUGAUAUUGACAGUGUCCAGUCAGACGAAGUGCCCAGAGAUACAUCCUAUAUGCGCUACCUUGCGCCAUUUGUAGGAGCCUACAGGGACAUCUUACUCUCCAUCCUUGUACCGGGUACUCUAUGGGCCCUACUAUUCAACAGCUUUGUCUUUGGUGGUCUCGUCGUGUUAAGUCUCACGUAUACCCAGCGUCUCGAGAUGAUGCCAUGGCAUUUUUCUCCGUCUGCAGUCGGGACCAUUCAAGUCGCAGCCGCCAUCGGAGCAACGUUCGGACUGGCUUACGGACAUGUGGCAGAGCCCAUCAGUCGUUAUUUGACCCGCCGCAACCAUGGCAUCCGUGAACCUGAACACGUUCUGCCCAACUUCAUCCUACCCACGAUAGUCUGCUUCGCAGGCAUGAUAAUCUACGGCAUUGUCGGCGCAAGCCCUGAGAAGUAUAGCUGGGUUGGGCUAUAUGCUGCCUUUGCACUCUUCUACUUUGGCUUCUGUGCCAUAUCCGCUGUGACGGGCGUCUGGCUGGGUGAGCUACUUCCGCACAUGUCAGGCCCUGCUAUUGUCAUGACAUGUGGAGGGAGAAAUGCUCUCUCGUUCGGUUACAGUCACUCAUUCAAUUCUUGGAUGAGCGGAAUAGGCUUUAGAGACACCUACAUCCUCUUUGGCGGCAUUCUCUGUGCCCUGGGAUCUGUUGCCAUACCUUUGUACUUUUUCAACGGUCGUAUCCGUAGAGCCAUGCAGGAUGUUCCGUUUCUUCACGCUCACUGA